GACGAUUAUACGUUAACUUUUUAAACUGUUUGCUUACAGUGUCGAUUCCCAGUCUGGUUUGAUCCAAGUUUUGUGUUUUUGUUAACUAUCGCAUAUCACUUUCAAUAUUUUAUGUAAGUGCGUUGUGUGCACUUGGUAGGCCGUUGGUUUUCCCUUCAUCAUUUUCCAUCCUUCUUUAAUCACGUCACUUCAUGCUCCCAUUAGUACACAAAACUUUUUGGCUAGACGUGAACUGCUACAACAGCCCAAUACAAAAUGGGAUACAGGUGCACUCUAAUCAUUUCGUUUUCAAGCUAAUGGAGUAAUAUAUAUGAUAUCGAUAUCUGAACUACGAUGGUAGUUCAUAUAAAUGUGAAAAUCCGACCUACCUGAAUUAUGACUAUAUAUUCUUGCGAACAAUUUGGAAAUACUAAUGCUCAAUAACUAAUGGUACCAUCACCUAUUAACCUUAAUGGUUCACUGACGUUCUGGAACUUGGAUAAAUCUCAAGGUACGUUCGCAAGUUUUGUAGUCGUAAUCCAGAUAGAUCGUUUGUCUACAUUCACUUUUUCAGCUACCUGAUAUUUUAUAGUAUCAGCUAUCCUUUCAAACAAGUGGAUUACUAGGACACCAAAAGAGUACUAUGUGAAUAGCUACCAGACAUACAAGCUCGAAUGUGAGCGUUUUUAAUUCUCCAACUGUCAUAAAACCAGCAGUCGGUCUCACAGAAUACAUAUAGUGACUGUAAUUCAUAGUCCAUUAGAUACUGGACAAGGUAUAAGGGUAAGCCGAGAGUCAUUUCAAUACUGUGUACCUUCUGACCAGUCAAUGGAUCCCCAACUUUCGUUGAUAAAUGAAGGCUCUUGAUCUGUUCUGGGAGAUACAACUGUGUUCAACUUGAUUCUUCGUGCACCAGGCACUACUGUUCUUACGUAAGUAAGGCGAAUGAUGCGUUGAGGUUUUUUCACUUGGGAUCACUUCUGUUAAGAUUACAUGUAAUUUUCUAUAAAACUUGAAAAUACAGUAAUAUCAGUCUCCAUUGCGUCACAUGUAGAUGUCUUGUAGACUACAUUUGUACUUCUUGACCAUAAGCAAUGUUCCAUUUUGUUUUCCGUCUCUGUUGCAUACUUAUUCAACGGAAUCAACCUCAGCAUAGAUUAAGGACAUUAAGCAUGUGAGGCCGCAAAAAUGUUCUCGAAAACCCUGCAAUUUCAUUUGAUAAGACUGGGCUUAGAUGUGUAACAGUGACAAGGCUAGAACUUCAUAUUCAGAUAAGUGGCAAUUACAUAAGCUUUUGAUCAUCAUUCUGGUCGUAAUUAAUUGACAAGUAUUCUAGAGAUUCAACCGCUUUGUAUAUGCUUCAUUUGAACUUGUUCAGUAUUCUCUGUUUGACAACAUAGAGUCAAAUCUGGUCUAUUGUUGUGUUGGCAGUCUACGUGAGACUGUUAUAUACUAGAAUUGUUUCUAUUACAUGUGAAUCAAGUUCACGUUGUUUAAAUAUCAGUGGGUAUCUUUGAUAUAAACGUCAAAUGAGUAUACAAGAAUCGUCCUAAACUUUUAUAUAUCGUUUUUGUUGGAAGUAACAACUUGUAGCUGACUGACUGACUGAUAUUGUUUUUGUUAGAUCGGUUAUUUGGAUGUUUGAACAUGUCCAGUAAUACCAACUUAUCACUAUAUGGCUAUUUACUAUACCUUCACUAUUCCAGCGAUAUAUAUAUAUAUAUAUAUAUAUAUAUAUAAUGGUUUUCCCUUCUAGAUAAUCCGCUUGAAUGACUACUCAAUGACAUCAUUUGCCGUCACUUGGUUUAUAACUACAUGCAUAUCUUCAAAAAGAAGGGAUCAUAGACUCUAGAACGAGUCGACCGACAGCGUCAUAGCGACAUAGCGUCAAUUCAAACCGUUAUUUAAUUAUCUUAAAAACAUCCUUUUCAUUCCGUAAAUUUAUGUUCUUUUCUCAAAUUACAUAUUUACUUAAUCCUUUGUAUUGCCACUAAUGCUUUUACUACACACGCAAUUAAUGAACUGAAAUUGUGUGGCGCAUAUAUAUUUGGCGCACUCCUGUACCAAUAUAUAUGUGUUCAAAUAAAAAAUAAAAUGAACAUACCACUCUAGCAUCUUACUGUCCUAAUAGAGCGUGGCAGCUUUAACCCACAUAAGUUCCAAAUUCUAUACUAUAUAACUGACUAGGAUUUGAACCUAUUCUAAACAGAACAGGUCAAUUAAGUCUUCAUGUUCGUAAUAGAAAUAAAUAUACUAUCUCUGCUUAGAAGUCUUUAAACUAAAUGCGAAAAUCCCACUCGAUGUUUCUACUAAACAAAAGCUAUGGUUGAAAGGCUUCUAUGUUCAAAUACCUACUUCGCACGUAUCUUUCCCUCGCUAAAACCCGUCUAACAUCCGUCAAUUAGUACAGUGGAUUCACUGUCACCAAGCAUCUUAUUAGUGACAAGUUUGCGAGUGCAAAACGAGCUCUAUCUGUUUUAAGAUUUCUGCAUCAUAAAGCUAGGUUUAGUUUGAGAUAACUUCCGACUCAACUUUUCGGGGUUUGAAUAAGUGUCUAACCAUUUACUAUACAUUAACGAGCUUUUGAUACUUGAAGCAUGUUUGGCGUUCAGAUUUUAACUCAUCACCUGUCUGGAACCGUGUUAUACAGUUCAUAAAAAAUUUCUAUCAACUGGUUUAUUUCAUAAGGUUUAUUAUCAUCAUGAUUAUUUAUUAUUCCUUCAAUUCCGUAUUUGCACCCCGAAAAUUCUUCUAAGUUUUAUAGGGCAGGGUCAUGUUUUUUUUAAUGAAUUUGUCUAUCAACUCAUAAAACUUAUUUUCCCUCCUAGAUUUUUUAUCUGAGGAAAAAUUCGUACAAAUUUGUGGGUGAUAUUAGAUGUAUCAUUAACUAAAGUUGACUUUUCAAUUUGUUCCAAUGCCUACCUUAUCUCAAUAGUUAACUUACAUUGUUAUCUGUUGUAAUUAUAACAUAAUACAAUAAAGUGAAUAGUGACAGUGCUACCUUGUCGAUAAUGGAUACAUUAUUCAUUAGUUCAACAUUUGAUUCAUUUGAUGUUCUGUAUACGUUACUAUUUGGACUUCUUGUAUUUUGCAUUAUGGCACCGACUACAGAGUUUAUUUCUGCUGGUGUAACAUUAGAGAAUUUGUUUAAUCGAUUUCUUGGUAAUGAAAGUUUAUACUUUGUACAGUAUCAUUUAAAAAGAACUGUAAUGAUACGAUUAUUUUCAUCGUCUUUGGUCUUUCUGUAUUUUGUGUUCAUGCAGUGUUUGUCCAAAAAUGUAACGAUUUCUGCUCCAAAUAUUUCAUUUCCAUUUACAAUUUGGGAUGUAAUUUUAUGGAUUGGCAUAGGCAGUCUAUCUGUCAUUGGGUCACAUACUUAUCUAGUUUGGUAUGGAUCUGGUACAUGGUAUGGCCACCCAACAAUUUUAUCAUUGAAACGGAUUAUUAUGGAAUCACUACCUGAUUCACAAUUGUCAUCUUCAGCCACAGCAUCAUCAUCCUUGUCAAAUGGCGCAUUUAGCGUCGCUAUAAAAGCUUUGAUAUCUUCAAUAAAUUCUGAAUAUCAACGUUCUGAUAAAUUCGUAGCAGGUCAAGGAAGUUUAUCAACUAAUUGGUCAGGUCGACGAUUUGUUAUCACAGAUUCAUGGAUUUUAACUUCACGUUUUACUGAAUUCAAAAUACUUAAACAAUCCUCGGAAAAUAUGUUAGCUGUUGUUGUUUCAGCAUUUUCAGUGCUGGACCCAAGCUCUCUAACUCAAGGUGGUCAACCUGACGGAGAAAGUCUCGGUGUGCAAACAAUUGUUACAGUGAGAUUUAUACGUACAGAUACAGGAGUGUGUUUGCUUAGUUUUGGAUUGCCAGCAUCAAAUUUAGAUGAGUUACGCAGUAAACUACGUUUCCCUUUAAUACAAGCACAAGGUGUACAAUUAGAGCCAACAAUUAUUCAAAGAUUUAUUGAUGCAUUUACACAAGUAGUUGAUGAAAAUCAACCGGUAAACCUACCAGCUGGCUAUGAGUUGGAACAGUGCAUUGGAUGUAUGGUACAACAAGUUAAUGUCACUUUAAAUCGUCAAUGCGAAAGUUCACUCACCCCUUCUUCAUCAUCAGCAGCAAUUAAUAGUAAUCAACCAUUAGAUAGUAAUCAAUGCGGUAUAUGUUAUUGUAGACCAUUAUGGUGUUUAGAAUGUUUAGCACGUUGGUUUGCUUCAAGACAAACAAAUAUGCGGUGUCCACCAACUCAAUGGCUUUCUGGACGUGUACCUUGUCCAACAUGUCGUACAAAUUUUUGUGCUCGUGAUGUAUCACGACUUAUUAUUUCUCAUCGACAAUUGGACUGAGAUCUGUUGUAUUUAACACGUAACAUCAGAAAAUGUGAUUCAUUUGUGAUACCAAUCGGUUUUCCCCUUUUCCUACACUUGAACAAUUCAAACAUAUAUAUAUAUAUAUAUAUAUAUAUAUAUAUAUAUAUAUAUAUAUAUAUAUAUAUAUAUAUAUAUGCUCUGUCCUACUGUCUUUCUACCUGUCCUUCAAAUGACUUGCUCUUGAUUAUUUUGUUACCUCAGUAACUAUUGAGUAAAAACUGGUUUCUUUAUCGUCUCCCAUCCUAUUAUUAGGGUGUUCUUUCCUUCAUUCUCGUUUUUGGUCUAUUAUUUUGUUCCUAAUUUUUAUAAUUCCUAACAUGUUUGUAGUGUAUAGUACGUUAAACAAGUUGUGUAUAAUAAAUUGAUUACAAAAGCACUUCAAGUUUUUUCCGUCAAGUAAAAUGAGCAAUUUUUGUUUGUCUGUAUUGAUUAGUUAUUUUUUAUCAUUGGAGGGAUUUUGUGGGGGUUGAUUUAAUUUUUAGGUUGUAUUUGUUAUAGAUUGAUCUGAGUUGAUGUAUUAUUGGAACCAUGGAGCACUGGGUAACUGUUUUCUCCUAGCAUGGGAUUCAUUAGCAGUAUGCACCUAUGACCUCAUUAGGAGUCGAAUCCAACGGUUUAGAUCCCAUAAUAAGCCAAAAUAGCCGCCUAUAGCUUCCUGGCUUUCGGUGGUAUUCCGAUUGAGAUUAGUGUGCAAUAUAAAUGGCCUAUAAAUUAUUAUUUCUUCAAAGUAAAAUGCUUGUGAAUACUGUUUUUAUUGGAGUCAGUUCCCAUUACAAACAAGGAUUCCAGGAUUUCAAGUGAGAAAGUGAAAUUAAAUGGAAUAUAACAGUAAGCCAAAUAUCACCUAUGUUAUUUGGAUAACGACGGAUCUGUAUUACAAGUCAACGGGAUUUAGAAAUAUUUACCAUUUCGGAUUGUGAACUUAGUGGUUUUAAUGCAUUGUGCUCUCCAAGAUGUCGGAAAGUUUUAUAUUCGACGAUGUUUAAGGUCUUGAAAGUGCUCUACUGAAGAGUUUCAAAAUUAGGACAACACAACAUUCAAACUAUUCUGUUCUCGGUUGAUAAAUAAUAUUCGUUAUCUGUCAGUUCAAAGUAAUCAAUUGGAGUUAUAAUGAAUGAUGAAAUGAUUCUCGUAAUAAAUGGAUAUCAAUAUAUUAAACAUUAGGAACCAUUGAAUAUAUACUUACUUACUUACUUACGCCUGUUACUCCUCAUGGAGGAGCAUAGGCCGCUCACCAACAUUCUCCAUCCAACCCUCCUGGGCGAUCCUUUCCAGCUCAUUGAAUAUAUACGUUUCCCUAUUGUGCGAAAAAUCUGUCUUACAUUUCUAUAACUUCCCUUGGCUUGAAAUCUUCAAACUUCCAAUUUUAUGCAGUAUAUACAUUGAUCUUUAAAUUGUUCACUAAAUGGAAUUUCCACCGUUUAAUUUUCUUAUAGCAUGACUUAAAUUCCAGUGUUAUAUGUGUGUUACAAGGCAUCUUAUUAACUAUAAGUAGUUGAGAUGCUUAAUUAAGAUUUCAGAAGUCUUCUUUCAGUUGAUUGUUACACAAUGAGUUUACAUUUGUGAAGUACGAUCGAAGAAACAGUGUUUUAUAUAAGAAUAAUUAUCAAAAUUAUGAUAAAUUAAUUAAUAUUCAUUAACUAUAUCAAAUUCAGCAAUCACAGUAAAUAUAUCGAAAUGAGAGAACUGUGCAUACAUUAACACCGUUGGAUGCCGGCUCACUGGUCUAGUGGUAAAGUGCUCGCGUGCGAAACCUGUAGGUCCUGGGUUCGAAUCCCGCGGGGCGCGGGAUCGUGGAUGCGCACUGCUGAGGAGUCCCAUACUAGGAUGAAACGGCCGUUCAGUGCUUCAAGGUUUUCCAUGGUGGUCUAGCUUCAAUUGACUCAUGAUUUUAACCUGUGAAAUAACUAAAUGUUUACUGUACACGCAAAAAAUGAAGAUAAACUGUCAAUAACAUUAAGAGAAUAUAAUUAUGAUAAUAAGUGAAUUGAAUGUUAUGAAUUCUUGUAUUUGCUUAGAAUUAUCAUAUAUAACGAUGAAGAAACAUGAUAAGCUAUAUAUUUCACAUAAACAUUUGUCAAAAUUUAAGUAAAUAGCUUAAUAGAAAUUAGAUCGAAAGUAAAAUUAUAUUUGAAAUGAUCUUAUCGAAUAAAAUUUAAAUGAUUUCAACGUUUUACUUGGCAAACUGGUUUUAAUGGUUAAAUUUAUGAGUCAAUUAAAGCUAGACCACCAUGGGAAACCUAGAAGCACUGAACUCCUCAGCAGUGCGCAUCCACUGUCCCGCUCCCGGGAUUCAAAACAAAGACCUAUCGGUCUCGUACACGUACGCUUAAUCUCUAGACUACUGAGCCGACAGGCAUCCAACGGUGUUAAUGUCUAACUUCAAACAAUCUAGGAAGUUGCGCCACCGUCCACCAUUGUCUUCAAUGAGUUACUAUUUCACAGCAGACCUGACUGAACUCCACUGGUCAUGGCUUCUCACGAAAACUCCAGGACAUGCCUCUUGGAGAUAGUUACUAGUGCUGAGGAGUCCCAUAUUAGGACGAAACGGCCGUCCAGUGCUUCUAGGUUUUCCAUGGUGGUCUAGCUUCAAUUGACUCAUGAACUCAACCGUUAAAUUACUAUAAUAUCCACAAAACCCCAUCUCUGAUUUUAAACUGGUUUUAGUUUCCUUUAGGGAAUUAACCAAAAUCAACGUUGAAAUUCUGUCAUUGAAGUUCUUUAAAAUAAAUGUUUUUGGAUACUAAUAAGCUAUAUAUGUUCAAAAUGAUUGAUUUUCACCAAACGGUUCUUUUAAAAUAAUAUUGGUGAGCUUUUUUGAACCAUUAUUCAUUUUUUAAAUCUUAUACUAUUGUUAUAUUACUAACGUCCUCUAGUAGGAAUUGUAUUUUGGAUCCGUAAAGGAAUCAGCUUUAUUGUCUGGUCGCCUCUAUUUGCAUUUACCAGUCCACUUACUCUUGUGGAGCAAGGUUCAUAGGCCAUAGCAAACGCUUGCUUUCAACUUGGAUAUGAGGAAAUAUCCCAGUAUGGUUCUACAACGGUGAGAUAAAAGCAGUUAAGAGUUCUAUUCUUGAAAAUUUAAUAGACUCUAAUCACUCCACUGAUCCACAGGUUGAUUGCAAGAUUGUUUACACAAUCCGUGCAAAAUUACCUAGAUUUCUUCGUACCCAACUCCUUAAAACAAAAGAAACUAUUGCUAUCCAUGAGUUGAAGCUAAAACUGUGUGUACCAAAGAAGUACGUCAUAUCCUUAUCAUUACCUUGGCCUUAAACUAUUACUAUUAUUAUUAUUAUUAUUAUUGUUAUAUUUCGUAUUUGAAAAUAUAUUCCUCUCUUUUUAAUUCUGUCUCAUAUCUUUAUGAUUUUAUUCAUAAAUGUUUCUGAUAUUAUUUCAUUUUAUUAUGCACUUUUAUCAUCUUUAAUUAUUGUAACAAAAACAUUGUAAUUUCAACAGUUGAGAUCGUGAGUCAAUUGAAGCUAGACCACCAUGGAAAACCCGGAAGCACUGAACGGCCGUUUCGUCUUAUUGUGGGACUCCUCAGCAGUGCGCAUCCAAUGACCAGUGGAGUUCAACCGGGUCAGUUGUGAUUUAGUAACUCACUGAUGACAAUGGUGGAUGUGUCGCUCAAAUUCGUGGAUUAGUUAAAUUUAGACAUUAACAUCGUUGGGCGCCGGCUCAGUGGUCUAGUUGGUCAAGCGCCUGGCGCGGGACUGAUAGGUCCUGUGUUCGAAUCCCUCGGGGCGUUGUCGUGGAUGCGCACUGCUGAGAAGUUCCACGCUAGGACGAAACGGCCAUCCAGUGCUUCCAGGUUUUCCAUAGUGGUCUAGCUUCAAUCGAAUCAUGAUCUCAACUGUUGAAAUUACUACAAUCUCCACAAAACUUCUUCUGGUACCAAAAAACAUUUUAAUCAUCUUACUUUAUUCACAUAAUAAUUCGUUGCUAACUUAUUAAUUUUACAUGGCUUUUUAUUAGCAGACACAUAAUAUUUUAUUGUUGUUAUUCAUAUUACGUAAUCUAGGAUUAUAAUCUUUCUAUUACGUCAUCAUGUUUAUUUUUUGUUCAUAUGUCGUCACGGUGCUUCUAUGUAUAUACGAUUGUACAGCUUCGUAAUAAAUUCGUUGAAAGAAAAGAUCCCUUCGCUAAAUUUCGUUUUUUUAAUAUUUAAACAAGAAUUCUGCAUCAAAGUACAUUUCGUCAUUUUGUUUCGUAUAAAAAAUGUAGUAAUUUUCUAUUUAUUGACAGAUUCACUGAAUGUUGUGAUGUUAUACCUUAUUUAUAAGGUUAAAUGAAUCAUAAAUAGCAAUCAAAAGAGAUUUUUAGCCACUACCGUUGUUGUGUACUACCGGUUCUUUUUGUAAGAUUGAACAAGAAUUUCUAUAUAUAUAUUGAUACAUAUGGAGGGCGUUAAAAGUAGUCACGAAAAUGAGGAAUCUGUUGUUUGCAUAAUGGACAACAUACACUUGAAACGUUGCUGUCUUAAAUUGGUUUGCGUUAAAGUUAUUCAAAGAAUCAAAUUUUUCUUCCUCAGAAUUUUCUCAUAUUGACUUACUUGAAACUUAUCAACUGCAAUUAAUAUAUUCAGUCUAGAAAAUAGCGAUAUGCUAAAAUCAUUCAUAUGGAUGAUUUAAAAAAUAUAAUUAUCCAGUCUUUCAGUUGAACACAAUAAUAAUGUUAUAAUGUAAGGAUGUUUGAUUUCCUCAAACAAUCGAUAUGCUUUUGAUCCAGUCCUCAAGAACCUUAAGUUGUUUCAAUGGCAUGUGGUUAGUAAACUAAAAUUUAAUCUUGUUAAUAAAUGACAAUCUAUUUUGUUUACCAUUUAUCAAUCAGUUUAUUAGACCUAUUCCCCAUUAGAGUUGGGAAAGUUCAUUCACUAAAUUUUAUUCUUUUAAUUCUACCGUUAUACGAGUGUACUCAAAAAUAUAAACCAACCUGUUUGGAUCACUAAAGAACAUUGAAGUUGAGCACUUUUAAAACGUCCGAGUGUAGGUUAUUUUUAACUGAUUCUUUUUUUACUUUCAUGUCGAAUAUCUUUGUGAAAUGUAUUUCUCAGGAACUUUGGACUAAAAAAUGGUUCUGAUAACUCUAUAGAUCAUAGUGGCGUUUAAUUUCCCUCUGAUGUAAAAGUGUGGUUAUCAUUUUCUUCCUACCUUGACUAUUUGUCCUAAUUUCUCUCUCUAUCCCUCCUAGGCUAUCACAGACUGUAAAUGUAUGGUAAACACUAUAAUCUAUUAUCUCUAUUCAUUUUGUAGACUCUAAAACUAUUUUCGUCCUAAUGCCGAACUGAAUGGGUGCAGAACAAAGUGUUAGUCAGCAGAAGUUGCAUAAUUUCACAAGAGAUUCUCAGCUAAAUUCUUUUCAGUCAGCAAAAAGAUCUGGUCAUUCUUCAUCUCUACCUUCUUCGCCUCGAUAUGAUUUGCGUCGUUCAUCAUUAUCGGGACUUGCUAGUACAUCGUAUUUGAACAACACUAACAAUAGUUGCAAUUAUGGUAGCUUUCAAAGUCCUUCUAAUCAAAAACACCAACAACGAACUUCUGUAUCUAGUCUACCAAAAGAUACUUUUGCUUCAUCAACUGAGCUGGGUUUAGAUAUAUGUCAAAGAUCUUCUUCGACUAAAUCGUUAAAUUACUCCUCAUUCGACAAGUUAUCCUCAACGACUAAUCGUAAACAAGCUGAUGCCGGUGUACUAAUUGUCAAUCGUGGUCGUCAUACUUCAAGUCAUUAUGAUUUAAGUGGCAGUAGAGAUGGUUACAACAAUCAUACAGAAUUAGGUCGAGUUAUAUUAAAAAAACUUCAAUGGAUUUCUAGAUUUGAACCAAUUUCGUCUACUAUGAAAGUACAAUAUCAUUCAUCAAUGGCAGCAACAAUGGAGAAUCAACCAUAUGCAUCAACCUCUCAAUCGAUUCCAUCAUUAUCGUCCUCAACGUCAACAGCAUUUAAAAAGAGACAAUUUAUUCCACAUGUUCCAGAGUUCGAUUAUGAAGCGGUAAUCUGUCAAUUAUCGAUUAUAGAGAAAUAUUUAUGAAUUUAUUGAAAAUAAUUGUUAUAAAUGUGCAAACAUAAUUUAAUAUUAAUCUAUGAAUGAAUUUCAUCUUCACUUAGGUAUGGUUGAUGAUGGCUCUACGACUUGCUAAGUAGAAAGAUUGUUUUAGACUUACUGGGUUUGAUUGAAAUAAAAUACAAUCGUCUUAGUUAUAUGUAACAUUUCUAUUUGAAUAUUUAUGAACAAUGGAGAAGAUUUGUAGCUGAAGUGGAUGAUUUACGUAGAGUUUUUUUUCUGGGCUGGAUGGUUUGGUCGUGGAGCUUUCAUUGUUCUUCUGAACAAUAUCAUCAGCACAAACUUCAAGUAGAAGUGAAGUGUUCGAAUUUCUCUAUAUAUGACUCACAGCUUGUCCUGUAGACCUUGAUUUUGAUUAAUUAUCACUGACCCUUAAACUGCCAUUGUCUUCCACUUUAUUUUGAUUGCAUCUCCUAUCUACAAAAUAAAUAGAGACAACUGCGAAAAACACUACAGACAAAGUGGAUACCAUCUUCAUCUUCCCCUGCACGAAUAUUAGCUGUCAAACUCCAUGACAUAUCUUCACUUAUAUUAAUCCAUGUGGACACAUUCGACUGGCAAAUGUUGAGAUCUUGGAUAGAAGCUUGGCACUCAGGUCAAUCAGCAAUCAACAAACGCAUUGAUAUCAAUCCACUCUGUCAACCAAUCAGAAAAAACAUGGACAAAUAUGAGAUGAAGAAUCAAAUCAAUGGGAGAUACAAUCAAAAUAAAGUGGAAGACAAUGGCAGGUUAAGGGUCAACAAUAACCAAUCAAAAUCAAGGUCUACAGGACAAGCUGUGAGUCAUAUGCAGAGAAAUCCGAACACUUCAUUUCUACAAUGAAAGCUCCACGACCGAACCAUCCAGCCCAGAGAACAAAACUCCACUUAAAUAUAAUGGUUAAUGGUUUAAUAAUGAAUAAUAAUUAGCUUAGAUUAAAAGACUUCCGUUUAAGGCAAUAAUACCCUGCAGUAACGGUCAGCUCUCAGUGCAAACAAACACAAGGAUAUGUGGCUAGGCAGAUAAAAAAUAUCACGUCAAUAUACUUGAGUUUAUUGGUCGUAUUCUAUACUUUGAUUUGCUAGAAUCUUGUCGGAAGUACGAACUGGACGAAAUAAAUUAUGAAACUCGUUGAAUACAGUCAGUUGCAAAUGGAAAAAUGAUUUCAGUAAUCGCUGAUACACAUAUAAUCAAAUGUUUUGUAAAGACUAACAAAGUAUUGAGUCUAGUUUGUAUCUACGCCUAAACUAAUGAUAGGAAGUGAAGUGGUCUAGCACAUCGACCAUUUCAAUUAUCUUAGGAGUCUCAUCAGUCUUAGUGGGUUUAAUGCCUGAUGAAAUCUCCCCCAGGAUUCAGAAAGUUCUAUGGGCUUUUGCCAACCAGCUUCACUUAUGGGGCUAGUGAAAUGCUUAUCUGUCAACCAAGGGAAGAGUAUACUACACAAUAGUUAAUUGUGCUGUACAGUAUACCUGUAAGUUACUAUUAUUUGUUCGCGGAUGCUCUUGAACAGUUACGCACAUAUUGAAACCAUCGAGUUAGCAAUAUUGAGGUUGGGUAUAGGGUACAUGGUGAAAAUGAAAAAUUAGUUAGUGUGGUUCUGAACCGUCAUUGAUUGAUGUGGUUGGAAUGUGUAUUAUGUAUGGCUAACUACCGUCUACCUUAAUGGGUGAUGCAUAGUGUAGGAGUAAGCUAACAGAAAGCUGGAGGCGGUGAAAUUAAAACAUGAGGUCAGUCCACCAAGUGGUUGUUGAACUGAGGCAUCCUCGUAGCUGCGGACUACCUGAUUGGGAUCCACAUACUUGUCGUAGUCAGUGUUUGGGGAUGUUAGGUGAAAUGACUGGGAACCGAUCAAAAUUCGACAGUUGCGUUCAUUCUCGGUCUCCUUUUAGAUCUGAAGUUUCAAAAUGAUCUUAUAUUUUUUAUUUCACAAAUUCAUUCUUCUUGAAUUUUAUUGUCUGUGCUUAGUUCUUCUUACUAUCACUAUUAAUCUAACAUCUCGUUAUGCUGAUGAGAUGUGGGGCAACCUGAGGUGAUGCAUAAAUGUACCACGCUGUACGUUACGUAUGACUAACUGACAAAUUGAUCAAUUCAAACUGUUGCCUAUGCACCAAUUAAAAGAUGAAAAUAAUCCUAUAGUUUGGAAUAUAUUUCCGAUCUUGAUGAAUUUUAAACACACCAAUAAUUUUGAAAUUGCUGCUUUUUCACUAACUAAUACAGUCGGGAACUUAUGGAUUGACUACUAAAUAUCUCUAUGGUGUUGUCUCAUUUUUAUUUGAGAAUUCUCAACAGAACACACUCACACUGUUACAUACAACCAGUCGUAAGACCUUUGCAGAAUAGAUGUAACAUACUUAGCAGUGAAAUCCAGGACAGACAUUUCGUUUUAUUCAGAACUCAUCACCCGGAUGUACCUGCAUUCCACAUUUGUUGUUCACUCUGGAAUCCGGAUACAGUACCUUUAAUUUUAAACGCUGGACGUAUCCGCUUGACUACUGAUUUCAGAAAGUCACUCACGUAUGCAACAACUACAAAUUUUAAUUCAGUUCACAGUCGAUAACAAAGCAAUCCAAAUGAUUGCAAAUUGAAUUAAGUAAAACCUUUAUAUUUUGCGAUGUACAACUGGUAAACAAUUAUCCUCGCUACUCAUUUUUAAUUCUUCUCACUGUCUACCUUUUUGUAACUUGUCUACACAAGACGAUAUCCCUUAACGUUUUAAGUUGAUUGUAGUCAACAUACUUUUCCUUGUUUUCUCGCUUUUUUAUUCUUUACUCUUUUAGUCUUCUCUCUUUUGUUUUUCUUACGAAACAGUUGGUGAAAAUGUCAUCAGUCUAUGAGCAAUAUUUGCAUAAAUAUACUACUGAGUUGUCACAAAAACAAUCUGAUCUGAUCAUUAUAGAAAAUAAAAUUGAUCGAGAUAUUUCACAACUUGUUGAAACAUUUCAAGCACGUGAGAAAGGCAUCAACAAUAAUCAACAUUCCAUUAAUUCAAUAUUUCAAAGUCCUUUCAAUAGUCCAAAGAAAGUUAAUACAAUUACAAAUUCAAUAAAUGACUCAACAAAAUUAUCCGGAUCUCAACAAAUUGAGAAUAUUGUUUUAUUAACUAGUCAAAUUUCAUGUUUAUUAACACAAUGUGAUGAAUUAAGUAAACAAUUAAUGAAUUCAAUAAAUAAUUUAAAUGAAUUAUUACCUGAAUAAAAUGUAAUUAAGGUCUAAUGAAGAACAUUAUUUAAGUAUACAAAUUUGUAAAUAACUUACUUAUCUUAUAUGAUUAAUUCGUUUAAUAAGUAUGAUUCUUUUCAAUUGAAUUAAAGUGUUAUAAUCGAUGUUAUUUUAAAAUUUGUGUCAAGCAGUUAGAAAUGAUUUAAAACUAGAUGAAUGGUCUUGUCUGUGCUCGAGACCGAAUAUCUUGGUUUUGUUUCAUGGUUGAGGUAUCGUGGAUGCUCUCUCUGUAAUGAGGAGUUUCGUUCUAAGGCGAAUCAUACAUUCAGUGCUUCUAGAUUUCCAGUGGUUGUCUAACUAAAAUCAUUCUGUGGUUUAAGCCGUGAAAAUAAGAAAACAGUCAAUUCAGUCAAUAAAAUACAAGAAAAGAAAUAAAUCCGAAUUACUUAUAAGUAGUAUCGUUAUACCAAAAGGAUGGAGAGGCUCUGAAAGAG